UAACGGGAAGUGCAGCGGAAAGAAAGAAUAACAGAUAGCAGUAAUUUAAUUAUUAGCCUAUGAAAUGCAAUUAAUUACAAAAAUGCCGACUGUACCAUGCUCCAGAUACAACCGACUGUACCAUAUAAUUUGCCCGACAAAGUCAAGUGUUCUAAAGCGAGCUAAUCCUCGUUAAUCUGCAAAAGACCUCUGUGAUUUGAAAGCAGUCCCCUUAACCCCAAGCUCUUCGAUUUCUGGCCAGAGUUCACAAGCUGAGCUGAAAUCAAUGGCAGGGUCUGGUAGUUCUAUGUUAUAUUCAUUUCUUCUUUUUGUGAUCACCAUCUCACUGCAAGAACUGUUUAGAGCACAGUUGGCCUCUUCUGAGUUGUAUACUAUCCUUGGAGGUCUCGUCAGUUCUUUCAUAUUCCUUACUUUGCUAACGUUCAUUGGAAAUUAUCAAGAGGCAAAUGGAACCAAGAGUGGAUGGGGCACAGUUAUACUUGCAGAAGCAGUCGCUUUAGUUGCUGCUAGCACUGUUCAUCGAGUGUGUAUCACAACAUGCCUUUUAUUCUCUGCUGGGCUGCUAUAUGAGAUCAACAAACUCUCUGUGAUGAUGGCUGCCAAAGGUGAAAGUAAAACCAAAAGGUUCUAGUUGGGAAUGACAAACUGAUUGUUUUAGGAGCAGUGAAUGGUCAAGGAUGAGAUUGAGACCAUUAUUUUGUAACCACUUGUAACAUCCAACCUGAUGAUCUUUUAUGUUACUUUCCACCCGCUUGCCUCCGAUUAUUAUCAAUCCAAAAGAGUUUCUUACAAGACUAGUAUAUUUCUAUUUUAUUGUGAGAUCACAACUAUUAACAAUUUAACAGUAUUAAGAUUUAAGACUGUUAGGUGAAGAUGCGCAAUUUCUA